AUGAUUGUGCCGAAAAGGAUUCCGCCACAAGUGGUCCAGGAGACGUCCUGGUCCACAGUGGUUAAAAAGGGAAAGAAGGGGAAGAAGACUGCUACUCCGGCAGAAGUCACCGCCUCAGCCACACCGACAGUGUCCAAGGUGCUACAGGUGGUCAAACCUAAGCUGGCAGCACCUCGCACGGCUGCAAUAAUCGUCACAUUGAAGCCGGAGGCGCAGGAAAAGGGCGUGACUUACGCCCACAUCCUGGAGCGGGCCGAGCAAGGCGUUAAGCUCCAGGAUCUAGGGAUCUGCGGUGGACUCAAGGUCAGAAGGUCGGCAACGGGAGCCAGGGUCUUGGAACUCCCGAAGGCACAAACAGAGCAGGCGGAGAAGCUAGCCGUGAAGCUCCGCACUGUGCUGGAUGGAGUGGCCAACGUUGUGCGGCCUGUGAAGCGGGUGGACCUCAAGAUGACGGGUCUCGAUGACUCCGUCACAAAAGAGAAGGUGGUGGCCGCAGUAGCACGCGCAGGGGACUGCUCCCUAGAGGAGGUUAGCUGUAGGGAUAUGCAACGUGGUCCCGGUUAUAUGGGGAUGGUCCGGGUGACGUGCCCCAUUACAGCAGCGAAAAGGCUGUCCGAAGCUGGUCGCUUCCUGGUUGGGUGGAGCUCGGCCAAGGUAACGACAGUUCUCAAAGCGAAUAUGAUGAAGCUCUCUGAUGGCCUGUUCCUAGAAACCUCGCGUUGGCUCGCACAGGAGUAUCCAGAGAUUGAACACAACGACAUGAUUAUCGACAACUGUUGUAUGCAACUUGUUGCUAGGUAA